CCGCGCACCAGCGAGUGGGUUCCAGAGACGCCUAGGACGCCCUGGGAGCCAUGGGCGAGCUCCCGUUCUUCAGGGCGCGCACGGCCUUGCACCCGGACCACCUGUGGAUCUGGGAAAGGUCCGUGUACGUGGACGAGAACCAGCGUACGUGGCUGCCCAUAAUCAUCGAGAUGGAGAGUAGCCUCCAAGUACUCAUGCGGCAGGAAGAUGUACUCCUGGGGGAGGCUGUGUGCCCCGGCCUGCUAGCCCCCGGCCUGCUGCCCUCCAUGUGGCAGCUCUACCCUGGAAGACGAUACCGAGGCUCAGACUCCAGUUUCUGGCGCAUCGUGUACCACAUCGAGUUCAGUGGCACGGAGGAGAUGCUCCUUGAGCAGCUGCCGGACCCGGAGUAUGAGUGA